CCUCCCCGAGCACCAGGGCUGCGAAGGCCGAUCUCGAGGCUUUGCUCGGCCUCCGACGGGGGCCGGCCCUUUUGAAGGCGCCUUCUUCGGCAGCAGGACCGGGCAGCCCACCAUGACCGAGAACUCCACGUCGGCCCCUGCGGCCAAGCCCAAGCGGGCCAAGGCGUCCAAGAAGUCCACGGACCACCCCAAGUACUCGGACAUGAUCGUGGCCGCCAUCCAGGCGGAGAAGAACCGCGCGGGCUCCUCGCGCCAGUCCAUCCAGAAGUACAUCAAGAGCCACUACAAGGUGGGCGAGAACGCCGACUCGCAGAUCAAGUUGUCCAUCAAGCGCCUGGUGACCACCGGGGUCCUCAAGCAGACCAAAGGGGUGGGCGCCUCGGGGUCCUUCCGCCUGGCCAAGAGCGACGAGCCCAAGCGGUCGGUGGCCUUCAAGAAGACCAAGAAGGAAGUCAAGAAGGUGGCCGCGCCGAAGAAGGCGGCCAAACCCAAGAAGGCAGCCGCCAAAGCCCCCAGCAAGAAGCCCAAAGCCACCCCGGUCAAGAAGGCCAAGAAGAAGGCGGCUGCCACGCCCAAGAAAACCAAAAAGCCCAAGACUGUCAAAGCCAAGCCGGUCAAGGCAUCCAAGCCCAAGAAGGCCAAGCCGGUGAAGCCCAAAGCCAAGUCCAGUGCCAAGAGGGCCGGCAAGAAGAAGUGACCGGGAAGCCUUUCUCGUGGACACUCCUGCCUGUCUCCUGUUUCCUGUAAAUACUUUUCCUCUCUCGUACUCCUCAUCUGCGGCCCCUGGCCCCUUUCUAUUCUGACUUGAUGCGAGACAGAAUUUGGAUUCCUCAGAAAUUAGGGACUAGUUCAUUCUUCCUUAACCAGUCGUGCAAGGACAGCAAAAAAAAAACCAACUCAUCUCCGUAAUGAUGAGAACGUACUUCUA